UGGAGCACAUAAAGGCAAAAAACCCCACCAAGUCCUACACACCAGAGAAAACAUGAAGUUGUUUAUAGUGCUCGGGUUCGUGCUGCUACUUUCUGUCACAACUCAGCAAGUUGGCGCUUCAGAAGAUGAAUGCGGAAAGCCUGACUGUGAGCAGUUCAAAGAGCCAUCCUGCCCCAGCGUGUUCGAUCCAGUGUGUGGCACUGAUGGAGCGACCUACCCCAAUUUGUGUGUCCUCUGCCAGCACAACAGACUGGAUGGGACACAUGUGAAUGUGGAAAGGAAAGGAUUGUGUCACUAAAUGUGCACCCCUGUAGUGUCACUAAAUGUGCACCCCUCUACUGAGAGACAAAUCAUCAGCAAAAACGGAACUUGUCAAUAAAACUAUGGGAAACCGUUUGACUGGCUCUUUACAAUAUUUUUACAAAUUGUGUGUGAAAAAGGGCCACCUGGAGGUCUAUGGGCUUAUUGACUUAAA